CCCACAACCCAGUACCAGGAGGCAAGUACCAUCAGCCAGAUAGUAGAAAAACUGGAACAAUUUACGACUAACAAACAUCGAUUAUAGCAACAAUGUGGAGGUUGAGACGAUUUGCAGACCAUGCAAUCACUGCCAGUGCAAGAUCAUCAAUUCUAAGUUGUCAGAAACAUUUCUCAAUCAAUGGUUCUUCAACAUUUCCCCCUUUUUCUCAUCCUUCACAAUCUUCUUCCAUCCGCUUUCUCGACAUCUACCAGAUGGGAAGCAAAGAGGCAAUCGAGAAAGAACGUGCCCGACUUAAAGAUGAGAUGAGUAGGGGAUAUUUUGCAGAUAUGCAUGAUCUUAAAAAAAAUGGAGGCAAGAUUGCCAUGGCAAGUAAAAGUUUGAUCCCCGCUGCUGCAGCAGUGAAGUUUCCAACACUGGAAGUUAGUUAUUCUGAUGGUGAAGUUUUUAAGCUUCCACUUGGGUCAGAUGGUAAGGUGGUUGAUCCCAACAAGAUGGAUAUUCCUAAGGCGACUUUACUUUGUCUAUCGUUUCGUGCAAGUUCGCAGGGUAUGAAUGAUUCAUGGAGUAAACCCUUUCUUAAUGCUUUCAGUGAUUCGAAAAAUAUCCAUCUCUAUGAGGUAUCUUUUGUGGAUUCAUGGUUGCUGUCACGAAAGCCCGUGAAGUGGCUCUUGCUUCGAAUGAUGAAGAAAUCAAAUCUAAUUGAGAAUACCAGUGGGCUGCAAAGACAAUUUGUCUAUUCAUUUGGUGAUAACUAUUACUUCAGGAAGGAGCUCAGGAUAUUGAAUCUUUUGACUGGGUAUGUGUUCUUGCUUGACAAAUUUGGUAGAAUAAGAUGGCAAGGUUUUGGAGCAGCAACAGAAGAGGAGAUAUCAUCACUUAAUUCAUGUGUCUCGCUUCUACUAGAGGAGAAGUAAGCUUUCAGAUAACCUCAAUAGUGAUGACUGAUGAAUGCAGAUUAUAUGGUAAACUUGUGCAACUUGACAUAAAUAAAGAGAACAUCUGGGACUACUUGAGCGGGCAAUGAAGCAUUGAUCACUAACCAUCUUUGUCUCGCUCCAUCGGCAUUGAUCUAGAUUGUGCCUCCCGUUCGUUUUUGUUUAAUUCAAUUUCAGUUUGACAGCACAAGCUGCCCACACUACAAUUAUGUACCCUACAUUGAUUGUUACAUCCACCAAGCUUGCAUUCGUGGUUGGAGUUUGGAUCUUAACUUCGAAGAAUAAUCAUCUUUCUUUGUUCCUUUAUGAAUUUAUUUGUUAUAUUUUGGUUAA